AUGACUGCAGUGGAGAGGAUUGAGGAGCAGCUUGCUAGUCUGCGCAUAGCCAAGCGUUCUACGCUGAGUGAGGAACCUGCGUACGUGCUGGACGUAGACGUUUCCAAACCUGCUCGGUCUGAAAGCAGUCGCUUUGUGGCAGUUUCGUGUUCCAAGAAGUCCAUUAGGGUGUACAACAGGGAAACGUUAAACUUCCUGCGGGAGUACAGCAGCAGUCCUGGGAUACUUCAUGGAGUCAGAUUUGCACAUGCGUGUGACAGCAUCGUGUUUUCAGCAGGUAGUGAUGGUACAGUAAAAUGUUGGGAUAUUCGUUUGGCCACUCAGAAGGCUGCGCAGAUAUUCAGUGGCUACCCUUCCAACGUGUUCAUCAGUUUCGACAUCAACUGCAGUGAUCUCAUAAUUUGUGCUGGAACAGAAAAAGUCGAAAAGGACACAUUUCUGGUGUUUUGGGAUGCAAGAGGCAUUACAGACUGCACCAGCACAACCAAAGAACCCUUGGGAGUCUAUUCUGAAAGUCACAACGAUGAUGUCACCAAAGUUUGUUUUCAUCCUGUCGAACGCAAUUUAGUGGUUUCUGGGUCAACGGAUGGGUUGGUGAACGUGUUCGACAUUAACAAGGAUAACGAAGAUGAUGCUUUGGUAUCGACUUGCAACUCAGACUCAUCGGUGAGCUGUGUCGGCUGGUCUGGGAGAGGGUAUAAACAGGUCUACUGUACAACCCACGAUGAGGGCUUUUGCUGGUGGGACAUUGCUCAGUUAGACACUGAAGAACCAAUAACACUCUCGCGUGUUCUAGAUGUCAGAGACACAGGCUGCGGUGAAAACAACAGCUUGCACUACCUGGUAGGUGGUUUGUACCACGAAAAGGCGGAUAAACUCUUUCUCAUUGGGGGAACGUCCACAGGAAACAUUCACCUCCUGGGCUGCAGCAGCGACGGACUAAGCCUGGUGGGUACCCUUGGUGGAGGACACUCUGCCACUGUCCGCUCCUUCUGCUGGAACCUGGCAGAUGAGUCUCUGUUGACGGGUGGAGAGGAUGCUCAGCUGUUGCUAUGGAAACCCGGAGCUGUGGAAAGGUCUCUCUCAAAGAAAGCGUCCAUGAAGAUUGCUUCUUCCGUGCAGAAGAGAGUAAGAGUUCACAACAGCUCCCUCAAAAGCAGGAAAAAGUAA